UGAGUUUUUAUGCGGGCCGGCAGCUCCAGAAGCGGCUCUGUUUCUCCUCGUUAACUUGACUCUGCGUGCUGCUGCUGCUGCUGCUGCUGCUGCUUUUCAGCCGUGAGUGAAAAUGUUAUCCGCUAUUCGGCGUCGCUGUCGUGGCCGCUAAUUUCCCCCACGGAGACCAAACGUCAGUUACAGUUUUAGCGAGUCGGACACUCGUGAAGACGCCGAAGGCUUGUGCAAACAAGGAUCUGAGGUGUUUAAGGUCUGCAUUUUCUCCAUCAAUGUGGACCCUGUGGACGUGGGCCCUCGCACAUGCUGCACACCUACACAUCAACCAUGUCUCAGUCUGAAUCUUGUACCAAUGUGUGGGACUGGUUAUGCGUGCUUCGUCUGGAGCAGUAUUCUGAGACAUUUCGGGGCGCCGGGUUGGCAACGCUACAACAAUGUCGCAACCUCACAGCAGAUCAGCUGGAGCAAAUGGGCAUCACCCUGCCAGGUCACCAGAGACGCAUCCUGGCUAGCCUGAACAAAACGCAUGGUAAUCGUGAUACAUACUCUCAUGUUGUACAGUCGGAGAGAUUGGAAGAAACAGGUCAUGCUGAAGUCUCGCAGAAACCUGUGACUAACCCAGUGGAAGAAAAACCUUUUCUUAAGGAAAGCAAAGAGAGAGAUGAAGAGACAUUGAGGCCAACACCCAGGGAGAGAGAGAAACCUGUCCCCAAGGAGAGACAUUUGUCUAGAAUGCAAGAGAGCAGUAGAGAAGGAGGAGAGAAGAAUCCAGUUCCUGGGCAAAGACAAACUGCAGCUGGAAGAGAGAAAGAGGAAGAGAGGAAUGGAGGACUCGAUGGAGAGAGGGAGAAACCUGUGCCAAGAGAGAGGACUAAAUUUCGCUCUGGUGCUCCAGUCGACUGUCACCCUAGCCCCCUUGUCUCUCCAACUUCUGACACCGCUUUACCUCCUGUCCCUCCACGAAUCACCCCCAACUGCCCUCCACAGCGCUUCACCUCUUCCCUGUGCCCCUCACCUCCUGCUCAAACCCCGAGCUCCCCUAAACCAGAGAGACGUGCAGUUGCAGCUCCAGCUGUGCCAGAUAGAUCUGCAUCUCCGAGUUCCACCCCCACACAAGCACCACUCCAACCUCCUAACAUCCUAUCUACCCACACUAGACCUCAGACGUUAGCCAUUCAGCCAUCCGCUCAACAUCUGAGUACUGAUGGAGAAAGAAAAUCUUUACCCAUCUCCCCCACCGCCUCACCCCCUGUUGAUAGAAAUGCUCCACCUCUCCCUCCAAAAGUUGGGGCAGGAGCUAAAGGCCCUCCACCAGUCCCACAGCGGUGUCCUGCACAGUCUCCCAGAACCCACAGCCCAUCUCCCACCAAGGCACGCACUGAUGAGACACAGAAAGACCAAACCCCACAGAUCCCACCUCGCAUCAGGACACCCCAAACGCAAGAAAAUCCACAACAGUUCACUCAACCUGAAACACAGCCGGAGCUGCCUGCUAGGAGGAUCCCUCAGCCUCCCCGUGAAAGCAGGUUAGAUUCGGUCGAUGAUAAUUCUGAUGACUACGAGGAUCCUGACUUGCUCUACUCCAGUGUUCAGCGAAUGAACACACCAGACAGGGAUAUGUCGCUGCCACUGCCUGGUCGGCCAAAGAGGCGGUACAAUUCCUUGUGCAGUGAUGAUGAGAUGUUGGACGAUGAUGAUUCCAUCCUAUGGCCGGAUCCCAACCGUAGCAGCCUGCAAGGCAGUGUCUACUUGCCAGGGACUACCAAACUGGCUUCAGCCAGUGCAGAAGACAGCUCUCAGCUCUCUGCUGUCAUCAAGAUGGGCUGGCUGGACAAGAAUCCACCGCAAGGGGCUCUUUAUUACCAGAGACGCUGGGUGAAGCUAGAUGUUGACUAUCUGAGAUACUUUGACAAUGACAAGGAGGUGUAUUCUAAGGGGAUCAUCUCAACAGCAUUUAUCACUGAUGUGACCAGCGUGGGGGAGCUGAAAUUUGAAGUUGUCACAAACAACCGGACCUUCAUCUUCAGGGCUGAAAGUGAAGCGGACAGAAACAGCUGGGUGACUGUACUGCAGGACUGCACCAGGGGGCGCCAUCGGCGCAGUACCAUGAAUCCUGGUUCCCCACUGGCCCCAGACUAUCAGGGCUAUCUGGAGCUGAGAGGCUUACGCUCUAAACUGUAUACUGUUGUUGCCUUAGAUAAAGUAUUCCUCUACAAAAAUGUCGACGACUAUCGCAUUGGUAUCGGUAUCACAUCCAUUGAGAUGAAUGUAGGAAAUGUUAAAGACACAGAGCGUCGUAGCUUUGAUCUCACCACACCUUAUCGCAUCUUCAGUUUCAUAGCAGAGUCAGAGCAGCUCAAAGACCAGUGGGUGAACGCCAUGCGCAACGCCAUAGGUGAGGCGUUGUCCAAUAGCGAGGUGGCCGAGAGGAUCUGGGCGGAGCCUGGUAACAGUUUGUGUGCCGACUGCGGGGCUCCCAAACCGGAAUGGGCAGCCAUCAAUUUGUGUGUGGUGGUCUGCAAACGAUGUGCAGGAGAGCACAGAGGACUGGGCCCUAGCAUUUCAAAAGUUCGGAGUCUUAAGAUGGACAGGAAAGUCUGGACAGAGGAGCUUAUUCAGGUGUUCCUGUUGAUAGGCAACGAGCGAGUGAACAGUUUCUGGGCAGCUAAUGUCCCGCCAAGUGAAGCCUUAACUCCCUCUAGCUGUAGCGAAGACAGACGGCGCUUCAUCACCAACAAAUACCGCCAGGGCAAAUACAGGAAAUACCACCCUCUGUAUGGAAACCAGAGAGAGCUCAAUAAUGCUCUAUGUAUAAACGUGCAGUGCAGUGAUGUGCUGGAGACGUUAAGCCUGAUUUUCUGUGGUGCAGAUGUGAAUUGUUCAACUGGUAUGGCAAGUUGUCCUACCCCUCUCUCCCUGGCCAACGCACACUCACAACCUUUGCAGGCGGAGUUAAUUAGCCACAAUCUCAACACAGAGCUGCCACGAUCAGAAGUGGGUGAGGCUAUGGAUCCAGUAAGUUACCAACCUCCACCUUGUGUGUCUCACAAUGGCUUCCUGUACAAAACUGCAUCCAUGGCUCGGGCUGUCACAGAGCGCAAGGCCAAAGAGGAGUUCAGUCGUCGCUGGUGUACGCUAAAUGAUGGCACCUUCAGCUACUAUGAAAGUGACAGAAACUCAAACCCUAACGGAGCUCUAAAGGCUUCAGAGAUAGUCUGUUUGGCUGUCGACUCGCCUGAAAGACAUGGGUAUGACUGUACCUUUGAACUCUACUCUGAGUCAGAGCGUCUUUAUCUGUUUGGCACAGAUGACCCAGACAGCCACAAGCAAUGGGUCAAAUCUAUUGCAAAGAGCUUUAUCCCGGCCUCUGCAGAGCCUUUACUGAGACUGAGUUUUGAGCGGAUUGGACGGCUGAAGUGUAAAGAUGGCUUGAACCUACAGACGUCCAAGGUUGGUUGGUUUGCCCUGGUGGGCUCUACACUUCACGCCUAUGUGGAGGACAGCAAGGGCGAGGAGAUCCACCUCCGCAAACUCAACGAACUCUCAAUUCAACAAGACAAUGAAGUUCUGGUCCUAGUGGAGAGAGGCAGAACUCUGUACAUAGAGGGAGAGAGGAAGCUGGAUUUUUCUGGCUGGUGUGGGGCCAUCCAGGCGGCAGCAGGGAGCGGAGGAGACACCCUAAGCCAGCAGCAGCUCACAGAAACAGACAUACCUGUCAUAGUACACAGCUGCAUCGGCUACAUCACACAGUGCGGUUUGACAUCAGAGGGAAUUUAUCGUAAGAGUGGUGUGAACUCCCGUGUGGCAGCUCUGUGUGAGAGAUUCCGUCGUGACGCUCGCAGUCUUCGUCUAAGAGAAGGAGAGCAUCAAGUGGAUGACGUCUCCAACACACUCAAACGCUUCUUCAGGGAGCUAGAGGAGGGACUGUUCACAUCAGAGGAUGCCAGCAACUGGCUCAGUGCUACUGCCAUUCAGGAUGAAAGUAUGAAAAUCUCCCAGUACCAGCAACUGUUGAACAAACUGCCUCGUGUCAACAAGGCUACACUACAAGCCCUUAUCAACCACCUCUAUUGUGUGCAGCUUUAUUCUGAGAUUAACCAGAUGAACCUCCAUAACCUGGCCAUAGUGUUUGGUCCCACAUUGUUCCAGACUGAUGGAAAGGACUACACUGCUGGCCGUGCCAUAGAGGACCUCAUACAGCACUACAUACUCAUCUUUGAGGUGGAUCAGCAGCAGCUGAAGAAGCAGCUAGGAGAGAUCAAAGUUAUCAUCGAUCUGCGAGAGAAACUCAACAAAAAGUUUCCUAGAACUGAACCUGGAGGCCACUUCAUUUGUACCGUGUACCUGGAGGAAAAGAAGGGCACAGCAGAGCAAGGCGUCAAGAUCCCUGGUUCUAUGACAGCAGCAGAGCUGACAUGUGAGGUUUUGGACCGGCGUAACAUCCCAGUGGAAGCCAAUGAGUACUGGAGCUGCUGGGAGGUCAGCGACAAGGAGGAAAUGGAACGUCUGCUACACUAUCAGGAACGAGUCUUACCCAUCCUUCACUCCUUUGGCACCGACUCCCAUCUGCUCAUUAAGAAACACCUUGCUAUGCAGGCAAUGGUUGCCUUCCUGGCCAGUAAAGUGGACGCAUCCAAACAUGGGAUGAUGAAAUUCAGAGAGGAGCGAAGCCUUUUGGGAUUGGGGCUGCCAUCUGGAAGUUUCCAUGAUCGCUACUUCAUCCUCAAUUCCACAUCGCUCAGAAUGUACAAGGAAGUCAGGAGUAACCGCCCUGAACGCGAAUGGCCAGUGAAAAACCUAAAGGUUUACAUCGGGAUCAAAAAGAAACUCCGUCCUCCAACAUGUUGGGGGCUGACAGUGGUGGAUGAGAGCAAGAAACAAGAGAAGCCAGAGAGACAGCAGUGGUAUCUUUGCUGCGACACCCAGUCAGAAAUGAGGGAGUGGUAUGCUACAUUUCUCAGUAUCCAGAACGACGGUGACGUGUGGCCUGAGAAUGGACUCCAGCAGACACGGGUGAGCCGUGUGCUGCCGGAUACGCAUCACGGUAACGUGUCACUGAUACCGCUUCGUGGCAGUGAGAAUGAGAUGCGGAACAGCGUAGCCGCUUUCAGCCAAGACCAGCUUGCUCUCUUUAGAGAUAUUCGGUAAUGGCGGAGACAGGCGAGGGGGUGGAUGUUCGGCCUCAUCGGAUGACCUCUGAACAUGCCAGUGACUUCAUCAUUCUGGGACUGUUCAGACAAGAAUGAUGGACACUCAGAAAACACAGACAUUCGUAUUGGGUGUGGAUCACGGCCUGACACUUCCAUCUGCUCCUUUGAAUAUAAACUGGACCAAAAGUAAAACGGACGAUGGGAUCACAUGUAAAAUAUAACAUACACUGGUUCUGUGCACAGAUGAAUUUUACUUGAUGCACAGAAGAAGUAUCUGGGAGCUCUGGUAUUAAUGGACACUCAUGGACCACAGUCACUCUCAAGAGUUCCUGAAUUGCUCGGUUUGCAGCACAUCUGCACCCAGCGUUCCACUGUUUCCGCUGAAACGAUGAAAAGACACGCUGUGACACACCUGUAUUUCUUAAACACAUUUGUUUCAGAAAAGACUUAUGACUUCAAGGUAAUUCUAGGCAUGAGCAAUGAGUGCUUAGCAAGUUGUUUUUGUUAGAAAAUAGGACUUUGACCUUUAUUUGCAGCUGAAUCAGUUUUUUUUUUUUAGCUCACUUUCUGUAUUAUUGCUCAACAAAUCACUGGGAUAAUUGUGCAGCUCCAAAUUGAAUAAUCAAUAUUGCAAGCAAAGCUGAUGUCAUAAAAGACAAUGAUGUGAUUUUGUCCGGAGUUUGUUCCACGGGGACCAAAACUGGGACUGAAAAAAAUGACCUGUAAUGGAUCAAUGUCUGUUACUCUGCAGGGCAUUUGCCAGUACUGUGCUAAAUCUCAGUCAGAUUUUGCUUUUUUGUGCCUGUGUCCACUAUUCUGUACACGUGCGCCAGUAUUCAUACCGUAUGUGUGGGUGAGUUUUAUUUUGUGCUUGUUGGGGAGCAGAGGAAAGAGAGUCACGUGCUGGAAAAAAGAAAACAUUAUUUUUCUUAAGAUUAAAAGAACGGUGCAGGUGAGGGUCAAGUGUCUUUUAUGGAAAAUGUUGAAAUAUAUGAUAAAGCAAGAGAAGUGCUUGAUUUAUUAUUGUUCUGAAUCCGAUAAAAAACAGUGCGCCUUAAGAAGGUCACCUUUCAAAACAAUAUUUUUGCUCUGGCUUGAUCGAUAGCAUUCUUUCUUUCCUCAGCACUGCCUCCUCUCUGUAGGUUCUUUUUUUUUCACAGCCUGGGAUACACAGGUGAAGCUUAGAGACAAAAUUAAGUACAUGGGCAGUUUUGUCAUUAACCAGCAGUAUUUAUGAAGUUUUAGAUUAUGAUUUAGUCACUUUUGAAUUUAAAAAAAAAAAGGUGUCUUUUUGUAUUCAUAAAGCAUAACUUAGAAUCUUUGAAACAGUGUAUUUUUAUAGUUUGGGACACACAUGUCCCACUGAAAAGUCUGUGAGGAAAAAAAAAAAAAUUAAAGUUUAUUACAAUGCUCUAUCAUUCUAUUUACCUGUGUCCAAACUUGUAUAUAAUUUUCUUAAAGGAUUAACAGUCGCCUUACCAGCUGCGUUGAACAUCGCCCAUCUUCACUACCUUGUAGCGUUGCUGCCUGUGUGCCACCUGUAGGUUUUCCGUAAUGUAAAGAUUUAUUUAUUUCGACAGCAGAGGACGCUAGAUGCUGCACUGUAGAAUGCCUUUGCUCGGCCCGCUUGGUGCGAUGUCAUGAUUUUCUGCUAAAUGUUUAGUUUAGUAGUUUAAACACCUUCAAGUGCCGUAUCUGUGAAGAAUGUGUAUAUACAGUAUGUGUGUGUGUGUGUGUUUUAAUAGCUGUCCUCUGACCUCAGCAGGAGUCCAGACUCACCUGUGUUUAGUAAUAAUGACACUUCCUAUUCAAAGUGUUCACUCUGUACUUCGUUAUGGUUUACCAGUUUACAACAUAGAAUCUCAAUAGAUGUAGUAAAUAUGGUCAUCAGAUUUUAGGUACUAAUAUGAAGCCUGAAAUAAGUUUACAGUUCACCUUUCACCGACAGGUGAUCUAACCAAAUAGCUUUUCACACCUGGGUUGUACAACAGUCAUCAAUAUUUGCCUCAUGAUUUUGGAAACAGUUGGCUGCAGCAUUGGUAGGUAAACAAAAUUACAAUUCUUUUCAGUUUUAUGUCUUUGAUUAAAAUUUGGAUCUAUUUGUUACAAUAUUUUCUCUUUUUUUUUUCCUUUUUUUAAAAAAAUCUCACCAGUGUCCAAAUGUCUUUUUACAUCACUACAAUUCAAUGUUGUAAAACUAGAUAGUCUUACAGAGGUUGUUGGAUACUUUUCAUAGGCAGUGUGUGCAUUCUUUGCCUUUCCUGUUCUGUUACUCAGCUUUUUCCAGAUUUCCGCAUCUCUGAAACUCUAAUAAACACGUUCAGCUAGU